AGCACCAGUAAAUUUUUAACACUCGUCGUUCGCAUCUAAACUAACACAGACCACGAUGAAUUCGUUGGUGGUGUUGUUUUCUGUGGUGGCAUUAGCCGCAGCCAAACCCUCAGGACUACUUAAAGCUGGUCUGAUUGCAUAUGCAGCGCCCGCUAUCGCUAGUUAUGGAGCACCAGCCGCUGUCUCGCAACAGUCCCGUAUCGAUAUCAAGUCGUCUCCGGCUGUAGUCGCUUCAGCGGCCGUAACCCCUGUUGCCAGCACCUACAUAGCUGAGCCUAUUGCUGUAGCACCUGUUGCACCCACUGUAGUGGCUACGCCAGCCGCAGUAUCUCAACAAUCCCGCAUCGACAUCAAGGCAUCGCCUGCUGUUAUCAACACAGUAGCCGCUGCCCCCGUAGCAUACAGCGCGCCAAUCGCAACUGCAGCUAUCACACCAACACUUAUCAAGAGUGCCGCCAUCGUCACCACGGCCUACGCUGCACCUUUCGUGAAAUCCGCCGAAUUUGUGGCUCCGUCAUACCUAAAGUCAGAAGCAUUUGUAACUCCGUAUGUAGCUCCUACUUACCUGAAAUCAGCUGAAUAUGUAGCUCCUUCUUACUUGAAAUCAGCAGAGUUCGUAGCCCCAAGUUUUCUCAAGACAGCAGAGUUUGUUGCUCCUUUCCUGAAAUCCGCUGAGAUUGCAACGCCGCCAGCUGUAGUGAAAACUGAAGAGCUCGCCUCCGCAGACUUUGCUGCUCCAUCGGUGCCUGCUGAUACUCCUGAAGUGAUUGCCGCUCGGAAUGCCCACUUUGAAGCCAAGGCCGUCGCUAGUGGACACCUUAUACGAAAACGUUCUGCUACUUUAAUCAGUGCUCCUAUUGUGUCAACCUUCAGCGCACCCUUUGUCUCAACCCUUUUAGCCACUCACCCAGUGUCAUCGUACUCCGUUCCUCUAGUCUCCGCUCCCCUGAUCACAAAAACUUACGGUUAUCGCGCCUGGUGAAUACCACCACAAAAACGAGGACAUUCCUCGGUUCAGAUAUGAUGAACGACUGUACAGUGUAUUAUGUAAAUAUAUACGUAUUUAAAAUAUAAAAAAUAUAUUUUAUUUCCAAUGCACAUACGAGUAUUCCUAUAGUUACUCAGAAGAGAUUCUUGGAAUCUCUCAUAGAUACAAGAAUAAUAUAUGAAUCUCUGGUGUAUAAUACAAAAUUCUAGAUGAAAAAUCACCUACGAGAAGAUAUUUGAAAAAUACCUUGAUGUACUUUUACAAUCUACAUGGGAUGAAAACUAGAUUUUUCUUAA